AUUCCUCAGCAGGUGCAGGUGAUUGGCACAUUGGAAAAAUGAACCGUGAACUUCCCCGCUCAGUUCUUUCACCUGCCCGACACUGAAGUUGUCGUCGUUUCCCGCAGUCUGUGUUGUUAGCUGGGUGUGUGCUGAGGUCAAAGACCACUGCUUACUGUGUCACUCCGCGAUUGUUAAAAUGACUCUUUAUUUUAUGGAAAGUGGAUCAUGAGCGAGGAGAAGGAAUUUCCCAAACUGUUUCCUUCAUUCCUGACGAAGAAUGACUUGCUGUGAUUGACGGCCGUACCAUGGAGAUCCAGAAGAGGUUUUCUACGUGUUGGCAGAGUUUUUUGGCGUGUUUUAAAAAACCGAGUCAGUCUGGAGGUGAGAAUGGGCGUGAGGGCAAAUCUGACACAGUUUUUGAAAACCGCGGCGCUGAUAAAAACACAGAUUCGGACUUUCGUUCUAAAAGAUCUUUACCGCCGCUACCAGCGGACAAAGCAGGAGAUUAUUACAUCGCCCUGUAUGAUUACUCCGCUCGCACUGAGGAGGACCUGAGCUUCAACACUGGGGACACUUUAGAGGCUCUGGAUAAAAGUGCAGGUGAAUGGUGGUUUGCCAAAGCCCUCACCGGAGUUUCAGCCUCCAAACAGGGAUACAUUCCUGCAAAUUAUGUGGCACCUGUGGAGAGUAUUGAUGCAGAACCAUGGUAUUUUCCUGAAACCAAAAGACUGGAUGCAGAGAAGAUGUUGCUGGCUGGAGGGAACCAGCAUGGCGCCUUUCUUAUCAGAAACUGUGAAAGUCAGAAAGGAGAGCUCUCCCUCUCAGUGCUGGACAGUGGGAGGGUGAAGCAUUACAAGCUGAAAAAACAGGACAACGGUCACUACUUUGUGUCCAGGACAAAAUCCUUUGCAACACUGAAGGAGUUAGUGGAACAUUACUCCAAACAGGCUGAUGGCCUCUGUGUACGUUUGGGUGAACCAUGCAAAAAGAUGGAGGCCCCACAAACUCAUGGUCUGUCCUACAACACAGUGGACCAAUGGGAGAUUGACCGUAACUCCAUCAAGCUGUUGAGGAAGCUGGGAGCUGGUCAAUUUGGUGAAGUCUUCGAGGGCCUGUGGAAUGAAACCACAGCAGUUGCAGUGAAGACUCUCAAACCUGGUACCAUGGAUCCUGAGGACUUCCUGAGAGAGGCUCAGAUCAUGAAGAGGCUGCGGCACCCCAAACUGAUUCAGCUGUAUGCUGUUUGCACCAUGGAGGACCCCAUCUACAUUAUCACAGAGCUGAUGAAGCACGGCAGCCUGCUGGAGUACCUCCAGAAGGAUAAGGGCACCACGCUGCGUAUCUCUGAUCAGAUUGAGAUGGCUGCACAGGUGGCAUCAGGCAUGGCUUUCCUGGAGUUACAGAACUACAUCCACCGAGACCUGGCAGCCAGGAACGUCCUGGUGGGGGAGAACAACAUCUGCAAAGUCGCCGACUUUGGCCUUGCCAGGGUCUUCAUGAAAGAGAAUGAGAAUGUGUAUGAAGCCAAAGAAGGCACCAAGUUUCCUGUGAAAUGGACCGCGCCGGAGGCCAUCCAUGACAACAAAUUCACUAUAAAAUCUGAUGUUUGGUCCUUUGGAAUUUUGCUGUAUGAGAUCAUGACAUUUGGCCAGAUGCCUUACCCAGCCAUGACGAACUACCAGGUGGUGCAGAAGAUUCCCCAGGGCUACAGGAUGCCAUGCCCUCCCAACUGCCCCAAAGUCAUGUAUGACAUCAUGAUGGAGUGCUGGAAGGAGAACGAACAGGACCGGCCCACAUUUGAGACCCUGCAGUGGAAGCUGGAGGACUUCUUCGACCUGGAUGUGACCUCAUAUGACGAUGCGGGCCGUUAUUAGCAUUAGCACGCUGAUCGGGCUGCAAAAUGUCGGAGGAAAGGAACAAACUGACAUGAAUACAAACAUGAACGUACACUGACAUUUUUUAUGAUGUAACAGACUAAAAUGGAAUUCAAAAUCCUGCUCACUGCAAAUGAAAGAGCUCAAAUGUUUGAUAUGCAUGUGAUAGAAUACUGUGACUUUUAUUACAGCAACAGUUGGUUGCGACACUCCUGGUCUUGCUUUGAGUGACAACUGAAUGCACUUUGAGACAGGCUGUAUGACGGUGUAGCCUAACUCUUAAAGCACACUUGACUGGAAGAGGCUUCUCUCAGCACAGAUGGAAAGCUGCCGUCUGUCCAUCUCGACAAACCAGUUCUUCUUGCACUCAGCAUAGCACGCAUUGUUUCCACUGGCUACCUGCUGAGCUAUUACCGGAAGGUACCUGAGAGAGGAUCUGAGUAAUGUUCACUUACUAGCUCAGUCAGUUUUGCUUGGUGUCUUAAAGAGUGAGACUGAGACUGGCAGGUGCUGUUAUCUCAGCCCAUUCCUGACUGCAUACGUACUGUAACUAUCAGAGAUGAUCUUAACAGGCAGCUGUCUUUGGCCCUAGCAGCCAGACAGGCCCACUAAAUGUUUAUCUCCUCGUUAUCAAACUCCUACCACUUUUCUUACAUUAAAAUGACUUCACUCUAGAAUCAAGUCCACGCUCUAAUCGAAACUUUUAAACAUGUUCUAUUCAGGCUAUUCACACUAUAACGUGCUACAAGAGAGCUAAAAGCAGAAGAUGGUGAGGGUCAGGUUUGUAUGGAGCCCUGUGGGUGUCAUGGGGGGAGAAUCACAAAGUCAUGCACACAAAUGCCUGGAACAUAACAUUAAUGCUGGUAAUCACAGUGGACUUAAUCUUAAUUCUUUUUUAUUCACUGGAUCUGUUAGAACUGUAGAGCUGCUCUCAGACCUGUGGCAGCAGAGAGCUGACCUAAUCAGAUGCUUGACAUAUUUACUUAAGUUGGUAACCAGGUAAAUUAUCUGAUGCUCUGAUGAUUCUGUAUAAUAUUUUUAGUGUCAUGAAGAAAAUCCUGUUAAUUGUGCAUUAUAACCAUGCCAGUGUUUAUAUAUAAUCAUACUGUAUUUUUAACAUAAUGAUACUUUUAUUCGUAACCAAAUUAAAUGAAUUAUAUUUAGUAUGA